AUGCCCGCAAUCAUCGGAAUUGCAGCAGGGGGAGCCAUUGUGCUGCUGCUGGUAGCCGUUGCUAUCGGGCUUGCGGUGUGCAAGCCUCGCAAGACGGUGAUUCGCCAUGUGCGCGCAGCACCACCACCCCUGCCAGUUGUGUACAAAGGCGCACCUCCCCCCAUGAUUCCCUACCCGGGAGGCCCCCCACCGCCCCAGGGCAUGGGGGGAGCUGCUAUGGCGGGGGGAGCAGCCAUGGGCGCAAUGGCAGGGGGAAUGGGCGCGAUGGGGGGGAUGGGGGGCGGACAGAUGGGCGGAGGGGGGCAGAUGAUGGGGGGAGGAGGACAGAUGGCAUCAGGUCCGAACGCCCCUCCUUGGUCUGCAGGCGCCAUGGGGGGAGCGGGGGCAGCGGGGGGGAUGGGCGCAAUGGGGGGAGGCGGGGGGAUGGGCUCAGGGCACAUGGGGGGAAGGGUGGCGGGGCAGGCAAGUCAGGGCAGCUCGGCCGGGUCUGUUGCGAAACAGGCGCUGCUUCAGGUAUUCAGGGAUUACUCUCUAGAAGUAUUCCGGGAGUAUUCACUCCCAGAGAUGGAGCAGGCUACGUGCAGCUGGGCGGAGAACAGGCGGAUUGGCAGCGGCAGCUUUGGGGAUGUGUAUCGGGGGUUCAACCCGUAUAACCCAGAGGAGACCUGGGCGGUUAAGCGGUCGAGGAUAAUUACCCAGGACUUCCAGCGGGAGGUGAAGCAGAUGGCAUCGAAGCACCACCCGGCGUUGGUGUGGCUGCUGGGAUACUGCAUAGCUUUCAACCCUCUGGUCUACCUUCCCUUGAUUCUCCUCCCAUCCCUUUCCCAUUCCCUCCACCCAUCCCACGCUCCCCCCUCUCCCUCCCUCUCCCUCCCACCAGGUGAAGGAGAUGGCAUCGAAGCACCAUCCGGCGUUGGUGAAGGAGAUGGCAUCGAAGCACCACCCAGCGUUGGUGCGUAUGCUGGGAUACUGCAUAGACUGAAAGUGAAGGAGAUGGCAUCAAAGCACCACCCAGCGUUGAUCGUCACUGACUUCAACCCCCGCACUCAGAACAUGGAGCAGAUUCUGGUGUACGAGUGUGUGGAUAAUUGCGACUUGGAGAAGUGGCUGAGCCAAGUACUCACAACUUUCCCUGAAUGCACCCAUCCCCGCGCCUUCUUCCUCCCCACCCAUCCCCGCGCCUUCUUCCUCCCCACCCAUCCCCGCGCCUUCUUCCUCCCCACCCAUCCCCGCGCCUUCUUCCUCCCCACCCAUCCCCGCGCCUUCUUCCUCCCCACCCAUCCCCGCGCCUUCUUCCUCCCCACCCAUCCCCGCGCCUUCUUCCUCCCCACCCAUCCCCGCGCCUUCUUCCUCCCCACCCAUCCCCGCGCCUUCUUCCUCCCCACCCAUCCCUUGCCGCCAUCCUGUCUUACCACAGACACACCACGCCCGCUAACUGCCAAGGAGCGCGUGCAGGUGAUGAUAGGCGUGGCGGAGGGGCUUCAACACGCCAAGGCCGCUGACAGCGAAGGAGAGGGUCCAGACACACCGAGGCCGCUCACGGCGAAGGAGAGGGUCCAGGUGAUGAUAGGGGUGGCGGAGGGCCUGCAGUACCUUCACAGCUUUGGCAUCGUGCAUCGCGACAUCAAGCCCGCUAACAUUCUCCUUGACUCCAAGAUGAAUGCCAAGGUGGCUGAUUUCGGCUUUGGCGUGGUCCUGCUCACAGUCAUCACGGCUCGCCGGGCGAUCUACGAAGUGGGGGACAAGCAGGUCAACAUAAAGGAGUGGGUUGCUCCGCUCGUCGACGCCUGCAACGCCCCGGCCUUCCGGGACCCGCGCCUGGAAGCGCCCGACGAUCUCGUGCUGCGCCUCGCACGCCUCGCCAUCGACUGCACCAAGGUGCCCGUCGCGUCGCGGCCGUCCAUGGCGCGAGUUCUCGCAGAGCUUAUGGAUAUGAAAGAGGCGUUCUUCGGACCGGAGACCGACAAGGUGGUUUCGAGCAUCGAUAGGGAGAUUGACGAUUCGAAUAGUCUGGGAAGCCUGACGAUGGAGUUGAAAAAGGCGGAGCAGCUUGGAGCGGGCAGUGGGAGUGGAGGAUUAUAG